GCGGAGGCGGAGGCGCGGGAGUUAUGGAGGGGGCGGGCUCUGCAGGGAAGUGCGUCAGAAGAGGCGUGGGGAGAGUAGGGUUCUGUGGUUUGAGCUUGAGGGUGAAGCUGGCGGAGCAGGAGGAUGGGCGAGCAGUCUGAAUGCCAGAAUGGAUAACCGUUUUGCCACAGCAUUUGUAAUCGCUUGUGUACUUAGCCUCAUUUCAACCAUCUACAUGGCAGCCUCAAUUGGCACAGACUUCUGGUAUGAGUAUCGAAGUCCAGUUCAAGAAAAUUCCAGCGAUUUGAACAAAAGCAUCUGGAACGACUUUGCUAGUGAUGAGGCAGAUGAAAAGACUUAUAAUGAUGCACUUUUUCGAUACAAUGGCACAGUGGGAUUGUGGAGACGGUGUAUCACUAUACCCCAAAACACAUACUGGUAUAACCCACCAGGUAUAGAAAGGCCAGAGUCACAUGAUAUGGUCACAAGAUGCAUGAGUUUCACGCUAACUGAGCAGUUCAUGGAGAAAUUUGUUGAUCCCGGAAACCACAAUAGUGGAAUUGAUCUGCUUCGGACCUAUCUUUGGCGUUGCCAGUUCCUUUUACCUUUUGUUAGUCUAGGUUUGAUGUGCUUUGGAGCUUUGAUUGGACUUUGUGCUUGUAUUUGCCGGAGCUUAUAUCCCACCAUUGCCACAGGCAUUCUCCAUCUUCUUGCAGGUCUGUGUACACUGGGCUCAGUGAGUUGUUACGUUGCUGGAAUUGAACUACUCCACCAGAAACUAGAGCUGCCUGAGAAUGUGUCCGGUGAAUUCGGAUGGUCCUUCUGCCUGGCAUGUGUCUCUGCUCCCUUACAGUUCAUGGCUUCUGCUCUCUUCAUCUGGGCUGCUCAUACCAACCGGAAGGAGUACACCUUAAUGAAGGCAUAUCGCGUGGCGUGAGUGGGAAGCUGCCCGCUCUACAACUGCCAUCUUUAUGAUUUUUGAUAUUAAUAUUUCCCUUAUCUCCCCCAGUUGCUUUUAAUUUAACUUUUUUUGUGGAUAUACCAUUUUAUCCUGAAAACCCAUUUUAUUUAUUCAUACAGAUGGUUGUUUCUUAAUACCACUAAAACUUACAUGGAACCUGUGAGUGAUUCCAUCUUUCAGACAAACUAAUCUAGGUUCAGAGUCCAGACAGAAAAAAAUGGGUAGACUCUUGGCAUAAAUUUGUGAAAGAAAAUUAGUAGUAGAGGAGGUUGACCAAAACAAGUUAUGCUGAUGUCUGUUAGACUUUUCAGUAAAGUUACUGUAUUUGUUCAACUGGAAACACUAAUUUCUUUGGGAAACUUCUUUUUCAUAGUCAAAACUUAUAUUCACUUUGCCAUAGUAGGUAGCCAGUCAGCCAGAGGUAUUAGUGCUAUUUUAAGGACUUAGGCUAUCUAAAAUAGGGAAAUUAUCUAAAAUCUUUUCCCUAAAUAUUGGCAUAUAGGUUCAUCUGAGGUGAAAUAUGGCAGUUGUUUAUCUACACUGUGUCUGUUUACAAGAAAGGAAGUGUUUACAUGGAAUUUUAACUUCGUAAACUGCAAGAAUUCCAGUUCAGCCAGGCAAGAGGAUUAACCUUAUUUUACUUUUUUUUUUUUUUUACACUCUCCUUAAUAUGUCAGUAGGAUUUUCAAUAUCACCAAAUCAUUUUGGAUUUUUGUUCCUUCCCUCCUCGCACACCAGGCUUAUUAAAAGAGUGCUUUCUUUUUAACACUACGUUGGGGUCACAGUAAAAUUCUCCAACUGCCAUCUAUUUAUUUCACCUAAGUACCGUAAAGAAAGUUCCAACAUAAUGACCCUCUGGAGCUAGGAAAACUACCACAAGACUUAAAGCAUUGGCUGGUCAUUAACUUCCAGCUGUGGUCUUUAUUUCUUGUGGUGAAAUGAAGUGCCUUUCCUUGCCUAAUCCCUCCCUGGUGUGUAUCAACAUGAUUUAAUGUCUUCUAAUUCAGUCAUUUUUUUAUAAACAUGUCUAUAAACAUUGAAGUUUAAAAAAUCUUAUUUAUUUAUUCCAUUACUGUAGUACUUGACAGAUUUUGAAAAAAAAUGUAACUUAGUAAUUUCUUACAAAAUUCUAAAUCUGUCUUUUUUUAAAAAAUAAAAAAUGAGAAGAGACUCAGAAUUGUGUAUAGUGUCUGAGUUGAUUAAAUCUCCAUACUUUAGGAUAAAGAAAUACAGGAUUCUGAAUGAGGAUUUCUGUGGAACAUGUGUUGUUGGGUUAUAGGCUUAUCUUUAUAUCCAGUGUUUGGGUCUCUGUUUUACCUUCCAGAAAAUGUGGGAACCUCUUAGGAACCUUUUAACCCCAUUAGAAAAUAAGAGACUCGUUAUCUCAUGUGUCAAAGUUUUAAAACGUGUUUUCAAAGUAAUUUUGUGAUGAUUAUGUAUCAUACUUAAUGUGGCUGGUUUUUCAUAUAGUCAUUUAAUGGCUGUGGAUGUUUAUGUUCUACAUUAAUGAAGUAAUCAAGUCACUUCUGACUUAACAAUAAAGCCAGUAUUACUCUGCA